UCACUUUGCCAAAGCGACCGGCCGUGCUGGAGAAGGGUCCCGUGGUCGGGAACGGAGGGCCACCACCGCAAGAAGUGACUCCUGCACUUCUGAGCGAACCGGGUAGCGGAUCCUGCCUCUCAAUGUUGAGACGAGUGGAACCCCACGGACACCUUGCCGUGCCUGUGACAGAGCCCGGAGCAGAGGACCCGGCCGCCGCGCCUGCACCCCGACCUGCCGAAACUGCCAUCAGCAAAACAAUAAAUCGAGCCCUGCUUCGUCCUGUUACCAGUUCCCAUGGUAUAAGGACUCCCACUGGGGCCAAUUUCCGGGGCCACCAACCUGGGGUCACUGCACGGGGACUCGGGGAGAGAUACACAACAGCGGACUAUCAGAUGGGCUUCCACCAGGCAGCGUGGACAGAAGUCACCUCGGGAGCCUCCAGAGCAGCCAGAUGUCUUUUCAGACAGGGAAAGGGAGGAGCCCCAGGAGCCCCUGCCUGGGACGCAUGCCCCCACCCAUCCAGAGGUGAAGACCACUCAGCCUGUGGCUGCCUUUCUCCAGCCUCUCUGCCUACGUCCCACAGCCUAUGUUUCCAGGAAAAUGAAGACGAACAAAUUUGCUGCAACCUAUUGAUAGCAAGUGGAUUCUUCCCUAAUUCAGAAACAUCUGUUACUCUGAAGGAAUUCAUGCACCUUAUGAAAGGUCCGGAGAGGAAUGGAGAAAGUAGGUGGACUGUGGCAACAGUUGACACUCGGAUGCAGGGGAGGGGCCAGGGGCCUCCCGAUGCUCUUCGCUCUGCUUGCUACAGGGCCAGAGAAGGAGAUGCCAAGUCCCAAGGGGAGACCAGCGUCCCAGAGGAUCUCCAUCAAUAAGAGCCAGUGCUGGCCUUUGGAUUCCAGAACCAGGAAGAAGAGUGUGCUCCAGGGAGAUCGCUGUGGCGGGCAUGACAAUAAGAGCCCCUGGUGAGUGUCUUUCUGGGGUCCCCUGCCCUUCACAGU